AUGGAGGAGGAGCUGGCGUGGGAGACCCACGGCUUACUUCCCCUGGAGAGGCAGCUCCAUGAGGCUGCCCAAAAGAACAACAUUGGGAGGAUGAAGGAGCUGAUGGGGAGGAGGGUUAACAUCCGGGCCAGAAAUCACGUGGGCAGGGUGGCUCUGCACUGGGCUGCGGGUGCAGGGCAUGAGCAGGCCGUGCGGCUGCUCCUGGAACACAAGGCUGCUGUGGACGAUGAGGACAUGUUUGGGAUGAACGCGCUUCUCCUGUCUGCCUGGUUUGGUCACUUGCGAAUCCUCCAGAUCCUGGUCAACUCUGGGGCCAAGAUCCACUGUGAGAACAAGGAUGGCCUGACUCUGCUGCACUGCGCAGCCCAAAAAGGCCAUGUGCCUGUGCUGGCGUUCAUAAUGGAGGACCUAGAGGAUGUAGCCCUGGACCACGUGGACAAGCUGGGAAGGACGGCGUUUCACAGGGCUGCUGAGCACGGGCAGCUGGAUGCUCUGGACUUCCUCGUGGGCUCUGGCUGUGACCACAGUGUCAAAGACAAGGAGGGGAACACAGCCCUUCACCUGGCUGCUAGCCAGGGCCACGUGGCUGUGUUGCAGCGCCUUGUGGACAUCGGGCUGGACCUGGAGGAGCAGAAUGUGGAAGGUCUGACGGCUCUGCAUGCGGCUGCUGAAGGAGUGCACCCCGACUGUGUGCAGCUGCUCCUCAGGGCCGGGAGCAACGUGAACGCCCUCACCCAGAAAAGGCUGAGCUGCCUCCACUACGCAGCUCUUGGUGGCUCUGAGGACAUGUGCCGGGCUCUUAUUCACGCAGGAGGCUGCACCAAUGUGGCUGAUCAUCAGGGUACUUCUCCUGUGCACCUGGCUGUGAGGCACAACUUCCCUGCCCUGGUCCAGCUCCUCAUCGAGGCCUGCAGUAACCUGGAUGCCAUCGACAAUAGGCAGCAGACGCCCCUCCACCUGGCCGCUGAGCACGCCUGGCAGGACAUAGCAGAGAUGCUCCUCGUGGCUGGGGUCGACUUAACCCUGAGAGAUAAGCAAGGAAAAACCGCCCUGGCAGUGGCCGCCCGCAGCAACCACGUCAACUUGGUGGACAUGAUCAUAAAAGCAGACCGUUUCUACAGGUGGGAGAAGGACCACCUUUCAUGCAGGGAUCCCAGUGACUCCUCGGGGGAGAGCUUGUCCUUUAAGCAGGACCAUCGGCAAGAAACACAGCAGUUCCGCUCUGUGCUGUGGCGACUGGCCUCCAGGUAUCUGCGGCCCCAGGAGUGGAAGAAGCUGGCAUGUUCCUGGGAGUUCACCGAGGCACACAUCUAUGCCAUCGAGCAACAGUGGACAGGCACCAGGAGCUAUCAGGAGCAUGGCCACAGGAUGCUGCUCAUCUGGCUGCAUGGCGUGGUCAUGGCUGGUGAGAAUCCCAGUAAAGCGCUGUUCGAGGGCCUGGUGGCCAUUGGCAGGAGAGACCUGGCUGAGAGUAUUAGGAAGAAAGCAAAUGCUGAGCCGAAGGCCCCCAGGAGGUGCACAGCCAUGUAAUCAGGGGCCACCUGAACAGAAGAUGACCAACCCUUAAGUGCUUUUCAAAUGACCACUGUUAACAGACCCACAACUGUUUCUACUGAAGUGCGUAGUGAAGCAGACACCAGCAGCCAAAUGCUUAUAAUCCUUUUGGGGAGGACUGGUCCAGAGGCCUGUUCUAGGUUUUGCAAUGAUCCCCUCCCAGGUCCUUACUCUUUGCUCAUUUUCACCUCCAUUUUCUUGGACACUCACAGUCUCUUUCCUGCUAUUCAAGGGACGUCUUUACAGAUAGAACACUGAGGCCCAGGGAGGAGUAGCUACUUGCCCAGGGGUCUGUUGUCAAACCCAGCAGGCCUCCCACCCAACCCGGGGAAAGGGCUCCAUUUGUCUCUUUCAAAAUGAACUCUUCUUAAUUUGUUCA